AGAACAGUUCGCCAAUCACUAGUUUUCCUCUUUUCAGUUAAUUGCUUGAGGCACAGUUCACAAUUAGGUUAUCGAUCAUUUGUUGUGACGCAAUCUCUCAUCCACUUUCCACCAACCGGAGAAGCAGCAGGAUGCUUAGCAGCGAUCUGAAGCUUUGGCAGGGACGGCCAACCAAAAGUUCCGAAUCGCCAUCAAAGACAAGGACCGUCUGGAACGAGCUAGCGCUUCUACUUAAACGUCUCCGACCCCUCCGCGCUCUCCAACCCUCAACCGCGCCUCAAAGUCCAGCUCCUACAUCCGCAAGGUUCGCAUCGCCGCCACCUCCUUCGUCCCUUACAGCGUAACGACGCCAUCGAGCUUUUCUACCCCUUGGAGAAGCGCCGCAUGUUAUCGAGCGUCAAGGCGAGCUCGGCCUAAAGGUUUUCCUCACCGACAACUCUUCGAUUCGCGCCCGCACCGAACCCACAGCAACAGUUCACCGCUGCUCCGGCAGUCGAGGAGUCUGUGAGAUAGGUAUAAAAGUUUCAAAUUCAGGUCUGUGAGGAUGUUCUACUCGUCGGCACAGCAGCAGUUGGACUUCCAGCUGAAGGAAACCAGUCCUUAUCUCGGCGGCGGCCGUAUCGUUGGCGGUCGGAUGAUCCUCAGCGAGAAGGCCGGCGCGUACGACCUGGUGGAGAAGAUGGAGUACUUGUACAUCAGAGUGGUGAAGGCCCGUGACCUGCCGGCGAAGGACAUCACCGGCAGCCUCGACCCCUACGUGGAGGUGCGCGUCGGCAACUACAAGGGCACCACCAAGCACUUCGUAAAGAACCAGAGCCCGGAGUGGAACCACGCGUUCGCCUUCCCCAAGGAGCGCGUGCAGGCCUCCUUCGUCGAGGUCGUGCUCAAGGACAAGAACCUCGGUAAGGACGACUUCGUCAGCAUCGUGCGCAUCGACGUCCACGAGAUCCCCACGCGCGUGCCGCCCGACAGCCCGCUCGCACCCCAGUGGUACCGCCUCGAGGACAAGAAGGGCGAGAAGCUGAGCAAGGGCGAGCUUAUGCUAGCCGUGUGGCACGGCACGCAGGCCGACGAGUCCUUCGCCCACGCCACGCACUGCGACGCGAUUGCCGCCGCCGUCGACCCACACACAUUCAGCAACUACAUCCGCGCCAAGGUGUACCACGCGCCGCGCCUCUGGUACGUCCGCGUCCACAUCGUCGAAGCCCACGAUGUGUUCGCGUUGGACAAAAGCAGAGUCCCCGACGUGCUCUGCAAGGCCCGCCUCGGCAACCAGCUGCUGCGGACGAAAGCGAUCCAGUCCCGCACCGCCGGCUUCUUCUGGAACGAGGAGUUCAUGUUCGUCGCCGCCGAGCCCUUCGAGGAAGAACUUGUCCUCUCCGUGGAGGAACGCGUCGCCCACAACAAGGACGAGGAGAUUAGCCGCGUGCACAUUCCCCUGACCACCAUCGAGAAGCGAACGGACGACCGAAUCAUCAAAUCUCGGUGGUGGAACCUGAAGAAGCACGUGGCGGUAGACCUGGAUCAACUGAAGGAGGAUAAGUUCUCCAGCAAGAUCCACGCCCGCAUCUGCCUCGACGGCGGCUACCACGUGCUCGACGAGUCGACACACUACUGCAGCGACCUGCGCCCCACGGCGAAGCAGCUGUGGGAGCCCCCCGUCGGCCUUCUCGAACUCGGCAUCCUCAACGCCACCGGGCUUCACCCGAUGAAGAGCCGGGAGACGCGGGGCACGUGCGACCCCUACUGCGUCGCCAAGUACGGCCACAAGUGGGUGCGCACCCGCACCAUCGUCGACGAGUUGAACCCGCGGUUUCACGAGCAGUACACGUGGGACGUGUACGACCACGCCACCGUGCUCACCGUCGGCGUCUUCGACAACUGCCAACUCGUCGAGAAGGGCUUCGGUUCCGGCGGAGGGAACAAGGACGUGAAGAUUGGGAAAGUGAGAAUCCGGCUGUCCACGCUCGAAACAGGGCGCAUUUACACCAACUCCUAUCCCCUGCUCCUUCUCCACAACUCCGGCGUCAAGAAGAUGGGAGAAAUCCACCUUGCGAUCCGCUUCUCCGUGACGUCGAUGUUGAACGCAAUGUCCAUCUACUCGAAGCCGUUGCUGCCGAUGAUGCACUACGUGCGGCCGCUGCCGAUAGUCCAGCAGGAGCUGCUCCGGCACCAAGCGGUGCAAAUCGUGGCCGCGCGGCUGAGUCGGAUGGAGCCCCCGCUGCGGAAGGAGGUGGUGGAGUAUUUGUCGGACGCUCAUUCCCACCUGUGGAGCAUGCGCCGGAGCAAGGCCAACUUCUUCCGGCUGAUGUCAGUCUUCUCCGGUCUCUUCGCCGUAUGGAAGUGGUUUUCCGAUGUGUGCUCGUGGAAGAACCCGGCGACCACCAUCUUGGCGCAUAUCUUGUUCAUAAUGCUGCUUUGCUUCCCGGAGCUGAUACUUCCGACGGCCUACCUCUACAUGUUCCUCAUCGGAGUAUGGAACUAUCGGUUCCGGCCGCGCUAUCCGCCGCACAUGAACACGAAGAUCUCACACGUGGAGGCGGUGCAUCCCGACGAGCUUGACGAGGAGUUCGACACGUACCCGACGAGCCGGAGCCUGGAGAUAGUGAGGAUGAGGUACGACCGGCUGAGGAGCGUGGCCGGGAGGAUACAGACGGCGGUCGGCGACAUAGCGACGCAGGGUGAGAGGUUGCUACUGCUACUGACGUGGAGGGAUCCGCGGGCCACCGCCAUGUUCUUAGUGUACUGCCUGUGUGCGGCCACGGUGCUGUAUGUGACCCCGUUUCAGAUUAUGGCGGCCGUCUGGGGGUUCUACUACAUGAGGCACCCGAGGUUUAGGCAGAAGUUACCGUCGGCGCCGCUGAACUUCUUCAGGCGAUUGCCGUCGAAGAUUGACUGCUUGCUUUAGAGAAGGAAGAAUCGGGACGAGGCUUGAAGGAAUAAAAUCUUACAUACUAUGUCACCAAGUUAAAUAAUAAUACUAGUUUUUUUUUUUUUUUUAUCAAUUUUCCAGUAUAAAAAAUUAGAUUUAUCUUAAAAUAUAUUACUCCAAUAUUGGCCCACUAAAUUUUAGGUGCCGUAUUUAUGAAAAGAUAUAGUAGAUUGAAAGAUAUAAUUUUC